AACCCCAGCGUGAAUGCCGUGUGCUGCCGUGGAAAGUUCUUUACGACUUAACCCCUUAAUCCGAUGAUCAGCCCAGCCUUAAUUUAAGACGAAGUUUCGCGGAAGGUACCCUAGCCAAGGUUUGUGUGGGAUUCGGAUAUAAAAGGUAAACAUUUUAGGGUUUUGGGGGGCCUCUUGAGAUCUCAAAUCUGAGAUUUUUGGGGGAAAAAAGUAGGCUAGAAGAUUGAUACUAUGAAGUUAAGGAAAAAAGUAGGAAAAUGUUUACUUGAUAGUUUCUCUUAUUAAUUACUAUUUCCAUUGUUAUAAGUUCAUGUUACUGAUGCCAUAUGAGUUGAUAUCUGUAACAGAGUCAAUGUCGACGACACUCGGGUCGCCUUCAUCAUCUAAAAUUAAAGAAAGCGGCAAUCAAUACACAAUAUUGUAGUGGAAAGAAGGGAAUUAUAGUUUGGAGUUAAGUUUUUGUUGGUAGUGAAAGCAGGGAACUUUUUAAGAUUCAAAGUUGUAAUUUUUCUUCUAUUGUUGGUUGGUGGAUGGAAACUGAAAGGAUGAAUUAGAAACUUGUUAAGUUCAAUGGCAUAUCUGAUUUUGAGUUCGUACCUGGUCUCUUAUUGCAGGUGAGAUGGGGAGAAUCAAGCAUGAUAGAAGUGGAGAGGUUGUUGCUUGCAGUUGCUCGAGAAGACCCGGUGAAUCAAAGAUUUGUCAUGCUUUCUGACUGGUUUGUAAAGCUUGGACAACGAUUAGUAUUGUAAUUGAGGAAAUUUUCCUAUUCCUUGGAUCAAGAACAUUUUCUUUGAGUUCAUGUUAAUCCAGGUUUUUCUUUUUCUGUAUUGCAGUUGUGUUCCCCUUUACAAUUUUAGUUAUAUAUACAAGUAUCUGAUGGCUUCUCCAGGGAGCUAUGUGGACAGCUUUCUUAAUGUAAAGGAUGGUAGAUACAGCUCAAAGAUGUCACCUAUCAUCCCAAAAAACAAGUGGCAAAAAGAAUCUCAGGUUAUCCAUUUUCUGUUAUAGAUAACAUUAAAUUAAUAUAGAGAUGGUUGAGUGUUUGGGGAACUGGAUUUUUUAAUGAGCUGCUUUAGAUUCUUCAACUGGAUUUAAUAAGUAAUGGGAAUUGAUUAUUUCCAUCUUUGCCUCUCUUUCCUUGUAAAAAUAGCUGAAGAUAGAGAUCUACCCUUGUCUCUUUUUCAUGAGUUUUAUAUAUCUUUUUUACUACUACGAUAUAAAAAAUUAAGCUUUGGUUUCAACUUAUUUAUGUUUGUAGUGGAUCUCCUUGGUAAGAAGCCAUGCUGAAGUCGUUAUAAAUGAUGAGAUUAUUUUUCCAGUUUUUAAGAAAUUAUGCAAGGAUUAUGGAACUGACUGCUUUUUGUAUUGACCAUAUCUCAUUAACAUGCUAUUGUAGUGAAAUUAAACCAAUCCAGAUUGUAGUAUGCAAUCUAUAAGAUUACUUUGUUUUCUCCGAUUGGUUUGUUAUUGCUCACUUCUAUAUUAUGGAAUUAAUGUGCAUGGAAAGUAAAAGUUGCACAUAUAGAACUACGGAAGCUAAAAAUGGUGUUAUCCUCUUUCUUUAUAUCUCUACUCUUCUCUGAAUAUUCUUUACUGGGUGCUAGGAUACCAUGGUGUCUGGGUUAUUUAAUCUUAAUUUUUAAUUAUUUUGUGAAAUAAAAUUUGAUUGUUUAU